AUGUCUAGCAUCGUCUAUGCAAGACGCAGUUUGGAAGCUGAAUGGUAUCUCUCUAGUUCUUCCGAGAGCAACUCUGGAGUCAUCGAUCUUCUACACGAUAUACUUACGAGGUUACCGCCUGCGCAAAAGCAUGAAGAAGAGACUAGUCACUCUACUCCUGCCAGCUCACUCGCCUUCACAGCGGUAGACCAUGUUAUCGAAUGGCCGAUAUUCGGGACCAACAGAUCAGGUCAUUGGGCACCCUUUUGCUUGUUGGCUACUGCCCAGGGGCAGAAUUUCAAUCACAAAGCGGCCCCGGCCACUGGACUACUGCAGCUGGACUGGGACGAAAUUCCCUCGUUGUUGACUAAAUUCCUCAGAAUGGCCCACAUAAUGAAUCCUAUUCUGGAUUGCCCUACCCUGAUGAAGUAUGGGAGGGCUGUUGUUGAACUUGGCCCGCAAUGGGACUCUCGUACGUGCCUUGUGCUUGUUGCCGCAGCGCUUGGCGCAAUAGCCAGCCCAUUCAGUCCGUUUGCCGAUACAGUUGAGAGUCUCUCGAGCUCGUCGUCGCGACAAGACGGCAAUGCACUUCGUCAAAAGGCAGAAUCAUAUUACGAAUAUGCCCGAAGGCGAUUUGGUCUUCUAGGUAUAGACCUCACGUCAUGCCAUUGCUACUUUUUAUCAGGCGUGUAUCUCUUAUGGACCCUUCGACCGAUUGAAGCCUGGCAGGCAUUCUCUCAAGCUACCUCCCUAUACACUCUAUAUUUGAAAAUCCUGGCUGCAAGGCGUCUUACUCACAUUAGAGAUACUACUGAUGGCGAGAUGGUCCCUGACGAACAUGAGUGUCAUGAGAAUCUGAAGCAAUGCCUCGAGCAACGACUGUAUUGGAGCUGCAUCAAGUCUGAAAAUGAUAUGUUCUCCGAGGUCGAAUUGCCCAGAUCUGCGCUACACGCCGUUGAUUUUCCCUACCAAUUCCCUUCCCCUCCGACACCGAAAGACGUGGGUGGGCUAGAUGACCGCCAGUACUUUGACGCAUCGACAUCUUCAUCUGCUACUGCUUCAUCGGUGUCCAGUAAUACUGUCGAUAUACAAGAUUUCAAAGAAACUCACGAGAACUCAUGGUUCAACUACCUCUCUGAAAUAUCGCUCUCCAAGCUCUCGGUCAGCGUUGACCAGGCAUUUUACUCGGCACCCGCGUCUGCAUGGAUGAGCAUGAAUGUACCAGGCAUGAUAAAUACGGCUCAUGAUUUCGAGAGGCAAAUAGAGCAAUGGCAAGAGGCUCUUCCUCGUGCCAUUUCCUGCUUCAGCCAACCACCAAAUCUGUCGGCAAUCAGUGAAUUUCAGCUGGCGGCUUGGUUGCGCUCUGCGAAUAUCAAACUGCGUGUCUAUCGCCCAUUCUUGUACCUCCUUGCACAUGCGCAGGAUCAAGACUGGUCGAUGAAUGGUUCGCUGAGACAGCUGGCUGAAAGGGCGGUUCUGUUGUCUCUUGACCCGCUGUUCAACAUUGGGCUGAGACAUAGACAUGCUGGGGCAUGGCUGAGAUGCCGAGAGACAACCUGUCGUGCACUGAUCAUCAUCUGUGCAGAGCGAAUUGGGCUUCUAAGGAGCAUGGAGCUGGAGCAGUACGCGCAAGAAUCACUCAAGAUAUGCAUCGCACACUUGCGCUAUUGGGAGGCAGAGGCUGAAGAUGUUCGCCUGGCUCGUCAAGCUCUGGAAAUGAUGAUAUGA